CCACGACGAUUGUUUCAGCUACGUUGUUGAAUACGUUAAUAUAAUCAUAAAUAUGGUUGUUGAAUGGAAAAGAAGAUGCGACAGUUAUCAUUUGGGACACUUUUUGAUGGAAUACAUGCGUAGAAGAGCUGAUGAGAUUUGUCAAAUAGAUGCAGCGACAGGUAUAGAAGAAACGUGUGCGUCGGUGCUGUCCCGAAGCAUUCGUCUGGCGCAAUGCUUCAGAAAGCUCGGCCUGGUACCGGGCGAUACCAUUGUGAUAGGUGGAAAGAACCAUCUCGAUGUGCACAUCCCUUUCUAUGCGGGAAUGAUGAACGGACUACCCGUAGCCGGGCUCGACCCAGCCCUUAAAUGCAAUGAACUGAAGCAUUUUUUUACCUUAAUAAAACCGAAAAUAGCUUUUUGCGAAUACCCAAUGUUCGAUGAGUAUAAAAAUGCGAUACGGGAACUGAAUUUGAGCACCAAAAUUGUUACAUUUGGCGGUGAAGUGGACUCCUUAGCAAAAUUCGUGGAAGCCCAACAGGGUUCACAGCGAGAGGACGAAUUCCAGGUUGCUACUUUCAAUACGGACGAAGUGUAUUGUUGGCUUGUCAGUACAAGUGGAAGCACUGGACAGCCAAAAAUAGUGGCUCUCACACACCCACACUUGUUUCAGAUGACAGAGUUCUAUAGCUAUAAGGAACCUAAAAAUGGUGAGCGUAAAACAGCUCUGAACCUGUCUACUCUGCUCUGGAUAUCAGGCUGCUUCAACGCUCUGCUCAUGCCGAUCAACCACAUCAAGGUGCAGUCUUCAGCUCCGGUCACUACGGAACAUAUCAUUGAUAUUAUUAAUAAGUAUAAGCCCGGUGGAACUUUGUGCACCCCGACUGCACUGGCGCCUAUACUGCAUCACGAGAAACGUUGUGAUCUAACCUGCUUCGACGUUAUUAAGACCGGAGGCAGUAAAGUCCAUAAAGAACUGCUGGCGUGCCUUAAGACCCGAAUACGACCAGACGCUGUUAUUCAACAAGGGUAUGGGCUGUCUGAGACCGGCGGUUUGGUGAUGGAGCAACGCCCUGAAGACCCUAUCGCAAGUGUUGGAACACUUGACCCUAAAUAUGAAGCUAAGUUAAUAUCACCAGAAACUGGAAAAGAAAUACUGGAACCAAACGUCACUGGGGAAUUGUUUGUUAGAGGUCUGACUAUGGCAUGUUAUUAUAAUGACCCCGAGGAAACCAAAAACGUUUUUACUGAAGACGGGUAUUUAAAAACGGGUGAUUUAUUUUAUAAAGACGAGCAUGGAUACUACUACUUUGUGGAUAGACUCAAAAUGCUCUUGAAGUAUAAAAAUUACCAGGUAGUUCCCCCGGAAGUAGAAGAAGUGAUACUGAAGCACCCAGCCGUGGCUGACGUGUGCGUGACGGGCGUGCCGCACCCGGAUGACGGGGAGCACGUGGUGGCGUGCGUGGUGCGGAGACCGGGCCACCACGUCACCGCCGACGACAUCAAGGAUCUUGUUGCCACACAGCUAUCGGCUUCGAAGCAUUUACACGGAGGCGUUGUGUUUCUGGACGCUCUGCCGACCACCGUGUCUGGGAAGGUUGCUCGAAUUCAAGUAAAGAAACUAACUAGUCCUCAUUGCGCAAAGAGGAAUAAAAUAAUACGUGCGAAAAAACUUUGA